GAGCCGAGGACGAGCGCCCAGGCGCGGCCCGGGGCAGCCAAGGCGGCCGCGUCGCAGCACCCGAGGCGAGGCGGCGAGGCAGCCAGGGGGACCGUGGGGGAGCAGUUCUUUGAGCACCUCACGCACCUCCCCGAGCCAGGGGCAGAUGUUCGACCACUCCAUGGCGAACAUGGAGGGCAUGCGACGCGCGCCCCCGCGCGCCACGGGGGCCCCCUGGGCGACGGCGAUGCCGUGGAUGGGGCUGUCCACGUGAAGAAGUAUGCGGCGGCCAGCGAAGUCGUUGGAGUCAGA